CUGGCUAAGUUGUAGAGCACCGUGGUGCUCUCUUCAGUUACGGAGAAAGCGAGCACGAUUGCAUACGGUGUUUUAUGCAUUUGGAAGAUCACUAGUUUAGUUUCUUCUGACUCCACCAGAUACUGAUUUAUCGAACAUUCACAUAUAUUCUCUAAAGUCCAAUCACUGGUAAAAUGUGUGCUGAAACGAGACGUGAGAGACGUAAUAAACCGAACCAGAUUGUGAAAGAUAUGGCGUACAGUCUUUUAUUCAACGCUUUUGUGAUAAUUCAUAUGCUGGUUGAUAAAUUAAUUGCAUUGGUUCUGAAAUGGUAUUGGGGACCAAACCGCAAGCGAUGUCCAUCGUUACAACGAAAGCUCAUUAUAGUGACCUACAGCGUACAGGAAUUGGCUAAGAUGAUCCGCAAUAAAGAAAUUACCUGCUAUGAAGUGAUCAGUGCCUAUAUCGAUCGCUUGAAUGAAGUAAAUCCUAUUGUGAAUGCGGUCAUUGAUGGUCCCUUCGUUGAAGCACUGGAGGAAGCAAAGUCUAUCGAUGAUAAAAUCCUGCGAGGAAUAAUUUCAGAAAAUGAAUUCGCUAAUAAGCCUUUCCUAGGGGUGCCUUUCACUACGAAGGACAGUACAGCUGUGAAAGGCAAGCUUCAAACUCUUGGAAUUAUUGCAAGACGUCAUGUGAAAGCGAAAGAAGACGCUGAAUGUGUGAAACUGAUGAAGGAUGCCGGUGCCAUUAUCAUUGCCACCACUAACAUUCCAGAGAUCAACCGAUGGCAGGAAACGAGAAACAAUCUGAUUGGACAAACCAACAAUCCGUAUGACGAUCGACGCACGGUAGGCGGCUCAAGUGGUGGAGAGGCGGCUCUCAUUUCAGCAUGUGCUAGCGCUUUCGGACUAGGCACUGAUAUUGGAGGUUCGAUCCGGAUGCCUGCCUUCUAUUGCGGAAUUUACGGGCAUAAGCCUACCUCUGGGAUUGUCAAUACGCGAGGCUGCUCGCUUCGUACUGGCAAAGAAGCCUCCACUAUGGUCGUGGCUGGACCGAUGACCCGCUUCGCAUCAGAUUUGCGCCCACUCUUGAAGACGCUCGUAGGUCCCAGUACUUCGGUGACACUGAAGUUAGACGAGAAGACUGAUUUGAAGAAAUUACGUUACUUUUACAUAACUAGUUCAGGUGAUAUCAAGUGCAGCCCGGUGCAUCCCUUGCUCCAGAAGGCAAUGGGCCGUGUGACGGAACAUUUUCAACAUAUUGCCCCCGACGGCGUCCAGAAAGUCACUCUCUCCGGCACGGAGAAAACUAGCAACAUGUGGCGCUAUUGGAUGACGCAAGAACCGGCCAGUUUCAACAACCUGCUGGGCAAUGGGAAGCAGCUUUCGCCUCUGGUCGAAUUGGCGAAGAAACUGACUGGUAACAGUGAAUAUACACUAGCUUCUAUUUACUCGUUAAUCGACAGUAUUCUGCCCCCGGAGAACGCCGAUAAAAUCAAAGAAAUCACACGGCAGUGCGAUCAAGAGCUCACCGAACUGCUCGGAGACGACGGUGUGCUAUUCUACCACAGCACAACCCAUGUGGCCCCCUAUCAUUAUUCAGCAUUCGUUAAUGUGUACAACUUUGGCUAUUGGUGUCUGUUCAACGUUUUGCACGUGCCAGCCACUCAAGUUCCACUGGGGUUGGAUCCUGACGGUUUACCCUUGGGCAUACAGGUAGUGGCAAGUCGCAACCGGGAUCGCCACUGCCUCGCAGUAGCUGAGGAAAUUGAGCGUGUGUUCAAUGCUAAUAUUCCACCAUUUAUAAUCGAUUGAGAUUUUGAGAGGAAGAGAUUUCGUACAAUUUAUAAAAGUCUGCGAUUUAGCACGUAUUUCAUGGUAUAGGUAAUAUAGAGAACGGAUGUUUUAAUCACUUCAUCUCUAGCUCAAACAGAACUAGUCGAUCGACGAAACCUCUUUUGAGUAAAACUAAUAGCUAAUAUUUUGAUAACACAUUUACAAGUUUCCUCCACAUAUAUUGGGGAUAAGAAUGAAUAAAUAAAUAAAUUAAUAAAUAAAGCUGAACACGAA